ACGGACGCACUCCAUCACUGAACAGACGCCUAGCCGGACAGACCAUGAACUUGCGCCAGCGGCCCCAGCCCACGCGUGGGCGCGUGCCCGUCGACGCGCCGCCGCUGCCGCCGCAGCCGCCCCCUCCCAUCCCGGGCGAGGUCUACAACAUCAUCCCCAUCCACUCGCUCCUCACCGACCACCCCUCCCUCCGCUACCCGGAGGUGCGCGCCGCCGCCGCCGCGCUCCGCUUCGUCGACGACCUCCGCAGGCCGCCCUUCCCCGACUGGGACCCCAGCGCCGGCGCCGACCUCCUCGACUGGCUCAGCGCCUUCUUCGGCUUCCAGGCCGACAACGUCCGCAACCAGCGCGAGCACCUCGUCCUCCACCUCGCCAACGCCCAAAUGCGCCUCAACCCCCCGCCGCCGAACCCCGACGCCCUCGACCCCGACGUCCUCCAGUCCUUCCGCCGCAAGCUCCUCCGCAACUACACCCUCUGGUGCUCCUACCUCGGCAAGCGCCACAGCCUCCGGCUCUCCUCCGGCACCAUCGUCCCCAGCCUCCGGCUUUCCUCCGGCGCCGACGGCCCCAGCCUUCGCCGCGAAUUGCUGUACGUGUCUCUCUAUCUGCUCAUCUGGGGCGAGUCCGCGAACUUGCGGUUCAUGCCCGAGUGCAUUUGCUAUGUGUUUCACCAUAUGGCCAUGGAAUUGAACGACAUUCUCGAGGCUCGCAUUGAUGAGAACACGGGCAGGCCGUUCUUGCCCUCGGUCUACCGUCAAAAGCCGUUCUUGAAGUCCAUUGUGAUGCCCAUUUACCAGACCAUUAAGAUCGAGGUUGAGGGCAGUAGGAACGGGAGGGCCCCACAUUCUGCUUGGCGGAAUUACGAUGAUUUGAAUGAGUACUUUUGGAGCAGGAGAUGUUUCAAGACGCUGAAAUGGCCGAUCGAGUUGGAUUGCAAUUACUUUGCAACAGCAGACAAGAGCCAGAGGGUGGGGAAGACGGGUUUUGUGGAGCAGAGGUCGUUUUGGAAUGUCUUCCGAAGCUUCGAUAGGCUCUGGGUUUUGUUGAUUCUCUUGCUACAAUCGAUGAUAAUCAUCGCUUGGGAGGGGACGGAGUACCCUUGGCAGGCAUUGGAGAGGAGGCAUGUGCAGGUGAAGCUAUUGACGGUGUUUAUCACCUGGAGUGGACUCAGGUUGCUGCAAUCUGUGCUCGACGCGGGGACACAGUAUAGUUUGGUUUCGAGAGAUACGUUCUUUCUUGGGUUGAGGAUGGUGUUGAAGAGUCUUGUUGCUGUGACUUGGAUAGUCGUCUUUUCGGUUUUCUAUGCAAGAAUAUGGAGUCAGAAGAAUACUGAUGACGAUUGGUCCCAAGAGGCCGAUCGGCGGAUCGUUGUAUUUCUCAAGACUGCAUUAGUGUUUAUAAUUCCAGAGUUGCUGGCCUUGGCGCUUUUCAUUCUUCCUUGGAUCCGGAACGGAAUUGAAGAGUUGGAUUGGCGCAUAUUGUAUCUGUUUACAUGGUGGUUCCACACUCGAAUUUUCGUGGGUCGUGGCGUGAGAGAAGGGCUCGUGAAUAACAUGAAGUAUGCCCUCUUUUGGGUUGUGGUGUUGGCUAGCAAAAUUUCAUUCAGUUAUUUCCUGCAAAUCAAGCCUUUAGUUGCUCCAACAAAGGUUCUUUUACAUCUUCACAAUAUGCCGUACGGGUGGCAUGAGUUCUUCGGUAGAACUAAUAGGAUGGCUAUAAUACUUUUGUGGACUCCUGUUAUCUUGAUAUACCUUAUGGACUUGCAAAUUUGGUACUCUAUCUUCUCUUCUGUUGCUGGUGCGACGAUUGGGCUGUUUUCACAUUUGGGCGAAAUACGGAAUAUCGAGCAGCUGCGGCUUAGGUUUCAGUUUUUCGCUAGUGCAAUACAGUUUAAUCUAAUGCCAGGGGAGCAGACGCUAAGUCCUCAGGCGACGAUGGUCAAGAAGCUGCGUGAUGCGAUCCGCCGGCUGAGACUGCGUUAUGGUCUUGGUCAGCCCUACAAUAAGUUAGAAUCCAGUCAAGUGGAAGCGACGAGGUUUGCAAUGAUCUGGAAUGAAAUCAUGAUAACUCUCAGGGAAGAAGAUCUCAUUAGUGACAGAGAAUUCGAGCUUUUGGAACUUGCGCCCAACUGUUGGGACAUUAGGGUAAUCCGCUGGCCCUGUGCCCUCCUGUGCAAUGAGCUGCUUCUUGCCCUGAGUCAGGCAAGUGAGUUGGCAGAUAGUUCUGACCGGUAUCUUUGGUUGAAGAUCUGCGUCAAUGAGUAUAGGCGAUGUGCUGUUAUUGAAGCAUAUGAUAGCAUCAAGCACUUGAUUAUCACGAUCAUCAAAGACAAUACCGAAGAGAAAUCUAUCGCCCUGAAGUUGUUCGAUUGUAUCGAUGAACACAUUCAGGGGGGGAAGCUCACGGAAGUUUAUAAAAUGACAAUUCUUACAGAUAUUCAUGCAAAGUUGAGCUUACUUCUUCAGCUUCUGCUGAGCGACACCAAAGAUAUGAGCAAGAUAGUGAAUGCACUGCAGGCUCUCUACGAACUUUCUGUCCGAGAAUUCCCAAAGGUGAAGAAGUCAAUUCCAGCUUUGAUGCAGGAGGGCCUGGCACCCCUUGGCCGAGCCCCUGAUGCAGGAUUCCUCUUUGAAAAUGCUGUCGAGCUUCCUGGUGAUGAGGAUCCUGUUUUCUACAGACAGCUGCGCCGGGUGCAAACAAUUCUUACAUCCAGAGACUCGAUGCACAAUGUCCCAGUGAAUCUCGAGGCUAGGCGUCGCAUUGCUUUCUUUGGCAAUUCGCUCUUCAUGAACAUGCCUCUUGCCCCUUACGUGGAAAAAAUGAUGGCUUUCACCGUAUUGACUCCCUAUUACGACGAAGAUGUCCUGUACGGAGAAGUUGGCCUUCGAAAAGAGAACGAGGAUGGAAUUUCAACUCUGUUUUAUCUGCAGAAGGUCUAUGAGGACGAGUGGGCGAACUUCUUGGAAAGGAUGCGCAGGGAAGGCUUGGAGGAUGUUGAAGAUAUUUUGGAAUCAAGAGAGCUGCGUCUCUGGGCAUCUUACCGGGGCCAGACAUUGUCCCGCACCGUGAGAGGAAUGAUGUACUACUAUAGGGCUCUUAAGAUGCUUUCGUUUCUAGACUCCGCUUCAGAGAUGGACAUAAGAAUGGGAACGCAAAACAUCGCUUCUCAUCAUUCGCUCAGGUCCUCCAAUGGCAGCUUGAAUGGUCCUCCUUCCAUCCACAUGUCGGCUUCACGGAUGCUUGAUAGAGCACCCAGUGGCGUGAGUCUUCUGUUCAAGGGGAGCGAGAAUGCAUGCGCCCUGAUGAAGUUCACGUAUGUGAUCACCUGUCAGGUCUAUGGCGUUCAGAAGGCAGGUAAAGAUCAGCGUGCCAAUGAUAUUUUGUAUCUUAUGAAGGAAAACGAGGCUGUUCGAGUUGCAUACAUUGAUGAGGUUCACUCAGGGAGGGAUGGAGUAGAAUUUUACUCCGUUCUGGUGAAGUAUGACCAGCAACUGCAGAGGGAGGUCGAGAUCUACCGGAUCCAGUUGCCGGGCCCUGUGCAGCUCGGCGAAGGAAAGCCAGAGAAUCAGAACCACGCAAUAAUCUUCACUCGGGGGGAUGCGCUCCAAACCAUCGACAUGAACCAAGACAAUUACUUUGAGGAGGCACUCAAAAUGCGUAAUCUGUUGGAAGAGUUCAAGAAAUUCUACGGGAUCAGGAGGCCAACGAUUUUAGGAGUACGUGAAAAUGUUUUCACUGGCUCUGUGUCCUCUCUUGCCUGGUUUAUGUCCGCCCAGGAAACGAGUUUCGUGACUUUGGGGCAACGUGUUCUGGCGAACCCUUUGAAGGUACGUAUGCAUUAUGGUCACCCGGAUGUUUUUGAUAGGUUUUGGUUCUUAACCCGUGGAGGGAUAAGCAAGGCUUCCAAGGUGAUCAACAUCAGUGAGGACAUAUUUGCCGGCUUCAACUGUACACUGAGAAGAGGGAAUGUAACGCACCACGAAUAUAUUCAAGUGGGUAAGGGAAGGGACGUUGGGUUGAAUCAGAUAUCUCUGUUUGAGGCCAAGGUCGCCAGUGGCAAUGGUGAGCAGGUUCUGAGCAGAGACAUAUAUAGGCUGGGUCACCGCUUAGACUUUUUCCGGAUGCUGUCUGUCUUCUACACAACUAUAGGGUUCUACUUCAACUCAUUGAUAGUGGUUCUUACCGUCUACACAUUUUUGUGGGGCCGCCUUUAUCUUGCUCUUAGUGGCAUUGAAGGGAGAGCUAUGAAUGAUAGUGCCAGCAAUGAAGCUCUCGCGGCUAUUCUCAACCAGCAGUUUGCCGUCCAGCUUGGCCUUUUCACUUCUCUCCCAAUGAUUGUAGAGAACUCUCUCGAGCAUGGAUUCCUCGGAGCAGUUUGGGACUUCCUUACGAUGCAGUUGCAGCUUGCGUCAUUCUUCUACACAUUCUCUUUGGGGACUCAAACGCACUAUUUUGGCCGGACCAUUCUUCACGGGGGUGCGAAAUACAGAGCCACCGGCCGUGGUUUCGUGGUGGAGCACAAAAGAUUCGCCGAGAACUAUCGACUGUAUGCACGCAGUCACUUUGUGAAGGGCAUCGAGCUCGGGGUUAUUCUGGUAGUGUAUGCCUCACAAAGUCCCAUGGCCAAGGACACAUUCGUUUACAUAGCCAUGACCAUCUCCAGCUGGUUCCUGGUCGUCUCAUGGAUAAUGUCGCCAUUUAUAUUUAACCCUUCAGGCUUUGAUUGGCUGAAGACAGUGUAUGACUACGAUGAUUUCAUGAAGUGGAUAUGGAAUGGUGGAGGGAUGCUUACUAAGGCGGACCAUAGCUGGGAGACCUGGUGGUACGAGGAACAAGACCAUUUGAGGACGACAGGGCUUUGGGGCAAGCUUUUGGAGAUCAUUCUAGACCUUCGUUUCUUCCUUUUUCAGUAUGGUGUUGUAUAUCAGUUGGGUAUAACCCAGGGUAGCACUAGCAUUGCUGUAUACUUGCUAUCAUGGAUAUACAUGGUUGUGGCUGUCGCUAUCCAUGUGAUCAUGGCAUAUGCUCGAGAUAAAUAUGCUGCUAAGGAACACAUACGCUAUCGUUUCAUACAGCUGCUUGUCAUUGUGGUCGUGCUUCUUGUGAUCAUCCUAUUGCUGGAGUUCACUCAUCUCGAAUUCCUCGACCUUGUGAAGAGCCUACUUGCAUUUGUCCCCACAGGAUGGGGCCUAAUAUCCAUUGCCCUUGUGCUUAGACCAUUUUUGCAGUCCACCAUGGUGUGGGACACCGUAGUUUCGUUGGCCCGGCUGUACGAUAUGCUGUUUGGAAUUAUCGUGAUGGCUCCUGUGGCUUUUCUCUCAUGGUUGCCGGGAUUCCAGGAAAUGCAGAUAAGAAUCUUGUUUAAUGAAGCAUUUAGCCGGGGCCUCCAAAUAUCCCGUAUUCUCACAGGCAAGAAGUCCAGCUGAUGUCCAAGUUGAGGUUGAAUUUGUUUCAUGUCCUAUGGAGAGUAAAGGAGCUGGUUGUAUAAUCGACCUAGGCAAUAACAUGCGCGUGUUUUGCAAUGCAGGGUCCAUCUGAUCUUGGAUGUUAACGUUGCUAUUGCCGGGGGAAGGGGGGGGGCGGAUGUUCUGAAGCUUCCACCGAAGUUUCCUUCAGCAGCAUAAUCUUGCAGCGAAUGUGGAUCUGCAGGGGGGCCCAUAUUCCUCCGGCCCGGUGUUUUGUCUGUAAUUGGUGUAGUUUUAGCAGUUGAUAGAUUAGUGUUCAGCUCACGACCACAUGUAUUCCUCGAGCAUGUAUUUGUAAAUAUUGUCUGCGACUCAGCUGUAGAUUUCAAGUUAAUAUUUUGAAGAAAGGCAGUAGAGAGGCUU